AUGGCCGCUAUAUUACUCGACUGGAAAGCCGCACCAAAUCCGAACGCGCAAGCAUUAGAUGGUCCAACUCCUUUCCACACUGCAGUAGACUUCGGAAGCAGAGAUGUGAUCAAGAAUCUCAUUAAGCACGGUGCACAGACGCAUCCGAUGCGAUACACAAUAAUGGUCAAAUGCCACUUCACUGGAGAGGCCCUUUCCUCCUCCCGUAUCCCUGCUGUUGGAUCUCGGAGCGGAUUCCAGGCUAACAGACGAGAAAGGAUGCACGCAGCCCUCCAUUAUGCCGUUCAAGCAGGCCAUGAUCCAGCCCUAGCUGUUAUUCCAUUGCUCCAACGAGGCGCUGAUCCGAACAUUGCCGCUGCUGACGGCUGGACACCGCUAUUGCGUGCUAUUAAUCGGAUGACCGGACCAGCUGACUACAGCGAGGCCGUCCUCAAGACCCUACUCAAUACGAGUGUUGCCAAUGUAAAUCGCCUAUCAACUAUCCCUUCUGGUGAUACUACGCCCCUGAUGCUAGCCAUCAAGGUCAGAAGCCAGCGAGCGAUACAACUUUUCACAGAUCAUGGUGCAGACAUCACGAUUCCGGUAGAGCGUGACGGGCAUCGUAUCACUCCUGUUCUCCGAGCCGCCGCGUGCCAUAGACCAUAA